UGAAGCAGCUGUAUUCUGAAAAAACAUGAACUAGACGCGGCCCCACUAUUCCCAGUAUGCGAACUUUUAUAAGAGAGUGCUUUUCAUAUGUUUGCUAUUUCAUUCACGUCACUUUAAAGUAUCAAUCCAUACAACAUGGAUGAUCUUAGCAAGGACCAAAUUGCGCUUCUCCAAAAAGCUUUCGACACAUUUGAUGUCGAGAAAAAAGGAAGUAUUGGCACUGCCAUGGUCGGCACAAUCUUGAGUAUGUUGGGUGUUCACACGACUGAAAAAAUGUUGGCUGAAAUUAUUGCAGAAGUGGAUGAGGAUGGUUCCGGUGAAUUAGAAUUUGAAGAAUUCAUAACCCUUGCCUCCAGAUUUAUGGCAGAGGAAGAUGCGGAAGCUAUGCAAGCAGAAUUGAAAGAAGCCUUCCGGUUGUACGAUAAAGAAGGCAAUGGUUACAUUACCACUUCCACACUUAAGGAAAUUCUUAAGGAAUUAGACAAUAAUUUGAGUAAUGAAGAAUUAGACGGAAUCAUCGCUGAAAUUGAUACUGAUGGAUCAGGAACUGUUGACUAUGAUGAAUUUAUGGAAGUUAUGACUGGUGGAGAUGAUUAAUCAUGUACAUAAAAAAAUAAAUAAAUAAAUAAAUAAUAAUUUCCUGAUUC